AUGGUCAAUAAGGAAUCUAAAGACGAACAAGACGUUGUUGUGCCUCCAACUCAUGCGUACACACCUCAUGCAAACAUGAGUAACUUGAACUUGGAUGGGGAUGAACCAUCAUCUGAUAUUUUCUUCGACCUGUACAUACAAUCCGAUGAACUGUUAAAAGUUGGAGAUAAAUUUCGUUCAAAGGAGGCUUACGUGAAGAGAAGUGAUUCCUGGGUGAUAGGAUCUAUUUCUCAAGAACACACAUGCGUUAACACCAAUUCGUCUCAAGAUCAUCGAAAGCUAAGUUAUGAUCUUAUAUGUCAAGAAAUCUUACCUCAUGCAAGCAAUGAUCCAUCAUUGAAGGAGGACUCCUACAAACAACUUGCACGUUUCUUGACCGCACUUCAGAUUUAUGCUCCUGACACCGUUUCUAUUUUAGAAACACUACCGAUGCAUGAUCCCGAAGGAACGUGUGUCCAAGGAAAUGGGAUAUUCCAUAGACUAUUCUACAUUUUUCAACCUUGCAUAAGAGGAUUUGCAUAUUGCAAACCAGUUCUUCAAAUAGGUGGAGCAUGGUUAUACGGUAAAUAUAAAAGAACCCUAUUGAUGGUUAUUGCACAAUAUGGAAACAACAAUAUUUUUCCAAUUGCAUUAACUCUUGUGGAAGGUGAAACUGCUGGGGGUUGGAGUUUCUUUCUUAAGAAUCUUCAAACAUACAUUUCUCCCCAACCUGAUCUCUGUUUGAUUUCCGAUAGGCAUGCUUCCAUUGAGAGUGCAUACAACAAUCCAGCUAACGGUUGGCACAAACCACCUUCAAAGCAUGUCCACUAUAUUCGAUAUAUUACACAAAAUUUCAUGCGGGAGGUCAAGGAUAAGUUUCUUCAGAAGACUUUUGUCAAUGCGGGAUAUCCAUUAACUCAACAAAUAUUCCAACAUUAUCGCCGUGAAAUAGUAUUGUCAAAUUUGAAUGUAGGCAUGUGGAUUGAUAAUCUUGCCAAAGAGAUAUGGACUAGUGCUUACGAUAACAAGCAACGAUGGAGCCACAUAACAAACAAUCUUGUGGAAUCGAUGAACGGUGUUUUUAAGGGAAUCCAAAACCUUCCAAUUACUGCGUUGAUAAGAUCAACCUACUUUAGGAUGGCUUCGCUAUUCGCAACAAGAGAUGAACGAUGA